GAAUUGAAGCCCUUCUUCUCACCGGGCGAGCCGGCGGUAAAUCGGUACAUGACAGGAGGAGGCAUUGCACCUCACAUAGACAGGGAGGCAGUGACCCUGAAUGUGGUCCUCUCCGAGCCCGGUGCCUUUGCUGGCGGCGGUACGGCUUUCUGGCCCCAGGAAAAGGUGGAGGGCGAGACGGAUGAGGCAUGUGCUGAGAAGUUUGACAUGCGCGAUGCAGCAGUUCUGCGACCGCGACAGGGCACAGCAAUCCUUUUCAACGGUAGCAUUGCGCAUGCUGGCCGUCCAGUAAUUUCCGGAGUUCGCCACGCUUUCGUCAAGUGCGCUGAUGUGUGGCUCUGGACCAGGUGGCCAGCUUCAACCUCGUCAGCCUCGAAGAAUGAAAAGGAAAGGAAGGCUUUGUAA